UAAGUGGUGAUUAAAGGUACUAAUUAGAAAUGAAAAGAUAAAAUCUCAAUUAAAAAUGAUUAAAGGUGAAGUAGUAGUGAUUACGAUCUUCCAAAUUAAUACACAAAUGCACAAACACAAGUUACCGAUGCCCAAAAGUCAUUCAAAAUAUAUUACUCCACUCCAUGCUUGCAUUCCAACCUCUUCACGGCUUCACCCAAGUCUAUGGUCCACAAUUUCCAAAUCAAUGGAGCUAGCUACCUCUAAAUAAAGGCAUAAUCAAUAUAGCCAUACUCUUAUCCAUAGCGCUAAUCACCGCCGCCAUAAUCUGUCCGGUGCUCCACCAAAAAACCUCCUCUUCCGUAUCCACCUAUUUCUACAAUGCAGCAGACGAUACGAGCCACGAAGGAUGCGAUAUCUUCACGGCUCCCGGAUCCGGAUGCCCCGUAUUACACCAACAACACUUGCUGGGCCAUCCACGAGCACCAGAACUGCAUGAAAUACAGGCGACCCGACUCCGACUUCAUCAAGUGGAAGUGGAAACCCGACGACUGCGAUUUGCCCGCGUUCAACCCCUCUCACUUCCUCCAUAUGCUCCGGGAUAAGACCAUGGCCUUCGUAGGAGAUUCCGUCGAGAGGAAUCAAAUGCAGUCCAUGAUAUGCCUCUUGUCCAAGUUAAAUGAAACUGUGUCCAACUGGCCAAAGGAAGAAGGGGCAAAUCCAGUCACCACUCAUUCAGAAUUAACCACUGCCUUGCCUGCUGACUUGGAUACGAGCGGUGAGGAGGGUCGCGGCACAGCCAUCAAGAGUGAACCGGAAUCAAUAUCUGCAACUGAAGAGCAAAAAGCCGACAUGGUUGACCAGGAAAAUGAUCCCGAGAUAAGCUCGUUGUACGCUCACUUGGAUGGCGAACCACCGCAAGCAAUCGUCACGACCCUAGGACAAGAAGCAAUCUACGUGGGGCCCCACAUUAUGGUCGUCCUGCAUGUGUUCUUGGGAAGGAGUUGUGACAACCCAUACGAGUUCUUGCAUGAAUUUUGCAAAAUCUGCAAGGCUCUAAAGCGGCCAGCGGGGUCGAGCGAAGGCGACUACAGACUGAAGACCCUUCCCUUUGCCCUUAAAGGGGAGGCGAAUACUUGGUUCAAGAGGCUGCCACCAAAUUGUAUCAGAACCUGGUCUGACUUCAAGAUGAUGUUCUUGGAUCAGUUCUUCCCAGCGGCCAGGACAAGUGCCCUAAGAGAUAAAAUCCGAGGAGUUACACAAGGUUAUGAUGAGACCCUGAGUCAGUACUGGUCAAGAUAGAUGGGUCUGUUGGACGCAUGCCCAAACCACCACAUGUUGGAAGUAGAAAUUUACUCGAUUUUCUAUGAGAGGAUGAAUGCGGAGAGCAAGGACUUAGUGAACUAAUCAAGUGGAUGAAGUUUUUCCAAACUACGAGUUAGUGAGGCCAAGAGAAUCAUGGAAAGACUUCUCUACGCGAAAAGAGCCUAUGACAAUCCACGUACUCUCCCGUCCAGAAGAGGUAUGGCAAAUGCUGCAGCAGUAGGAAAUAAUGAUCAAUUAGAGAGUCGGAUUGACAAGCUUGAGAGGGCACUUUUGUCAGCAAUUGAGAAGAGUAAACCGCAAGUUCCUCCAGUCAAUGCCACCACGGUAACUGCCCAAGAGGAUCACUAUCCAAAUACGAAUGGGCUUUGGAAUUCAAAUAGGAUCUGCAAUCCUGAAAAGCAGGAGGACACGCCUUGGAGAGAACACCUGGACUUUAGAUGGGGAGAGGGAAACUCUAACCAGCCCAACCCACCUCAGAAUGCAUACGAUGGACCCCCAGCCCAAGAUUCACAGCCGAACUGGUCAGGAAGAAACCAGCAUAAUCCGCACUCACCAAAUCCAUAUCAAAAUACCACCUAUGUGCCACAAUAUUAGAUGGGAAACUAGAAUUACCAAUCCCACCCACCCCAACAUUGCCAAAAUCACCCAUGCCCUAACCGUAACCAACAUUACAACCUCAACCAUUUCAGUCAGUACCCUUCACACCAAAAUCAGCCAAACUACCCUUACAAUCGAAACCAUCACAUCUACCAGUCGCAUCCCAACGGCCAGUAUAACUCCCAUCACCAGCAAAAUCCCUACCUACACCACCUGAAUCCCAAUCACAGUCAACCCCACAACUCUAACAAAUUCGGCUAGUACCCCUCUCAUCAAAAUCAGCCAAACUAUACCUACCACCCAUACCCUAACACCCAGUAUAAUCCCCACCAUCAGCAAAACCCUAACCAUUUCCUACACCAAAACAAGUCGGGAAGAUCUAUGGAAGAGAUGAUGGGAGAGAUGCUUGCUUACCAGCAAAUCAUGAGGAGUGAAUUUCAGUCCAAUAAUGAAGUGGUGCAAGGCAUGCAAAACACCCAGAAAGAGCAUAAGGAAAAUAUGGACAUGCUGAAUAAGCAACUGUCCUACCUGGCCAGUUCGAUGAACGAGAUUUGUGGGAAUGCGGAAAGGCUCCCAGUUACGGUGCACAUACCUGACAAGGCUAAUGUAAGGAAGGUGACAUUGUGGUCAGGAACAUCCUACAAGGAGCCUGAACGGAAGGAGUCAUUUGGGGAAUCAAGCAAGACGAAGGAUAAGGGGGACAUACUAACCAAGAAGAGUGGUCCUGAUGAAACUGAACCAGUUGCUGAACCUCAAAUCAAUCAAGGUCCGAAAGAGAGUUCAAGGGAAACCACUAAAGAACCCGAUGAAGAGGUGAAGGAAGAAAAAUCAUUCCCUUACUGUUUUGUAAAAAAGAGGAAGGAUGGAGAACCCGUAGACUACAUGUCUAUCUUUGGGAAACUUGAAGUGACCAUACCUUGCAAUCAAGCUGUAAAGCUACCUCCAUUCGGUACAAAUAUAAAGGUGUACAUAGUUGGAAGUACAAGGGAUGAAGAAAAGAUUGUGAUAGAAGGCAACACUCCAACCAUGGUCUUAAAGAAGCUACCACCCAAGAGGAGUGACCCAAGAUGGUGUGAUCUAACCAGUAGUCAAACGCAUACUGACCAGGAUAUUGAAGAGACUAUUUGUCAGAAGUCAAGAUUCGCUAGAGCCACUGGGGCUCACCAACUGGCCGAGAAGAAGGCAGAGAGAAAACAAGGGCUGAAGUGCGCAUCGAGGCUAAUCAUUGGGCGUAGGAUUGAGAAAAAGAAGGGGCCAGUAAGGUUCAUGAUCUUGUAGAGAUCUCAAGCGAGGAGGACAAGACUCCUUGCAACAAAAAGAAGAGCAAGUACACUGAUACUGGCCAGGAAGAUAGUGGACCUCCUACAAAACCCGGGGAGGAUACAAAACAUGCUACAACCAAGUCAGAGACCCCUGCUGUUGCUGGACAUCCGUCAUCGACCCUUACUAUCCAUGAAGGGGGUUCUCCUAUAAAAUCUGGGGAGAACCCGACUGCAACUUUCACCCAGCCAGUACAGGAGGCCAACAUCGACAAUCCACUUGUCAUCCCUACUGCCCAGAAAGAGACACCAGUACCAGAAACCGACUUACAGGAAAAUCAAGACAAAGAAGGAAAAUGCAACUAAGAAAGAAAGAGGAAAGGCAAUGGGGCAGCAAAGCAACAGAAGGAGACCAAGAAGCCCAGGGUGGUCCUAUCGGCCAUUAUCAUCAAGAAGCUGGGACAAGUACCCAAACUGAUCGGGAGCAAGGUCCCCAGCACCAUCGUCUGCGGCCCAUGGAAAAGCAGAAAAUCAAGGGGGCUUUAAAGAAUCAUAAGAAAAAGAGUGACACCCCUGAUGUGUACCAACAAAGGAACCCGAGAAGGAAACUGCACAAAGCUCCUGACCAAAGAGGAUCCAGAGGAGAAGAUGACCGACCCUACCAACUGACCAGUUAGCUUUCUUUUUA